UAAUAUGGUUGACAGAUGGCGCUUCGGAAGGUUAACAGUCACAUUCUCCUGAAGUGGAUCGAGAGAGGUUGCAGGUCGAGUUACGCUUCAUUUCGUAAAAUGUCGAAAAGUGCGUUGUUGAUCUUGGCAGACGGAGCCGAGGAGAUGGAAGCUGUUAUUUCUGUUGAUGUUAUGCGGAGGGGUGGUAUAAAAGUAACUGUUGCUGGUUUGGAUGGUUCUCAAGCAGUGAAAUGUAGCCGAGAUGUAGUGGUUAUGCCCGACAAGAGUUUAAAUGAUGCGUUAAGAGAUUCGCCUUACGAUGUCAUUGUUUUACCGGGUGGAUUAAAAGGUUCCGAGAAAUUGGCAGAGAGUAAUCAAGUAGGAUCUUUAUUGAAAGAGCAGCAAGAUGCUGGCAGAUACAUUGCUGCAAUUUGUGCAGCACCCAUAGCUUUGAAGAGCCAUGGAAUUACUGUUGGAAAGUUGUUAACUUCACAUCCUAGUAAAAAAGAAGAGAUGAAAGAAGGAGAUAAAUAUAAAUACAGUGAAGACAGGGUUGUGGUAGAUGGACAGCUGAUCACUAGCAGAGGACCAGGAACUGCAUUUGAGUUUGCAUUGACGAUUGUAGAAAAAUUAAUGGGAAAGGAAAAGGCUAAUUCAUUGAUUACUCCAAUGCUGGUUAGAGUGUAAAAUAUAAGAAUUCAAUAUUUAGUUUGAAUAUUUGAUUAUCCAAAAAACUAAUAAUAAUAAAAGAAAACAUGCAAAAAUAUAUGAAUAAAUUUAAAAUGUACAUUAA